ACUCCCUGCUGCCCCAGCGCUGGGCUCUCCACCCCGCACCCCUGGGCUCCCCCCCACCAGUGCUGACUCCACCUGCUCCCCCCUCUCCUCCAGCUGGUCCGGCGCUGGCAGGGUCAGGGUAAGCAGAGGGGCUUCCAGGCCGCGCCUCAGCCCAGGGUCCCUCCAGCCAGGGCUCCCGCCUCCAGGACCGUCAGGGACCCAGGAGGGCAGAACCAUUGGAUCACCCGGCAGAGGGCUGAGGAGCUGGGGCAGGGUAGCCCCAGAGGAAGUGGAGCCCCGGAGAGCGGGACGCGGGCCGUGCACGGCAGCGCCCCGCCCUCUAUGGCCCCGCUGCUGCUGCUGCUUCUGGCCGCCCUGCUGCAGUCCCUGGGCGGCUUGGGCUGCUUCGCCCAGCCCCGGCUGCGGCUUGGGGGGGCGGCUCCAUGUGCCCUAUGGAGUGGCCCCCAGCCCGAGUGUCCCCCGCUCAGAGCCAGCCUGGCCCAGCCACAAGGUGUGGUGUUGCUCUCCCGCGAAGCGCAGCGGCCCCAGGGCGCCCCACAUGCACGACACACUGCUGAUGCCAGGGCCGGCUCUAGGCUUUUGCCACCAGAAGAAAAAGGAAAAAAAAAAGACGGCCAGAAUGCUGCCCUUGAAAAUAUGCUGCCCCAAGCACGUGCUUGGUUUGCUGGUGUCUAGAGCCGGCCCUGCUCCCUUAGGCCAUCAGUUUACCCAUAAACAGAUCUCGUAUUCGCCCUUGAACCAUUGUUCUUUCCCUACAAAAAUCCCUACCCAUGCUCAAGUAAGUGUUCUGAUGCCUGGAUCCAAAAUCUGCAUCAGUUCCAUUGGAACUUCUUCAUCUCCUGACUGAUCGUGCUGGGGGCUCUGCCUGUCUCCAGCACUCCGGACCCUCAGCUACCACCACCCUCUCUCUCUCGCCUUCUGACCCUGACUUGUGUGAUCAGUUAUAGUUUUCUAAAUCUGACAUUUAUAAUCAAAUUUAAGUUAGAUUUAAUAUUAUAACUGUUUUGUUUGGCUUCCCUUUGGUUAUUACCUGGCAAUAAAUAACUUUAUGGUUAAGCUGGCUGCUUCUCCCCCCUCCCGGCUGUUUUUUGGCUUCCUCAUUCGCGCUGCAGCAACGCUCCUCGUACCUAAGCUAAAGAUCCCUGCAGCGCCCAAAAAUCCUGUGGGUUUGCUCAUCAAGUGGGUUACUACCAGAACAAUUGUAACGUGAAAGUAGGGAUAGGGAUGUGCUGAACCUGGGGCAUAUGAGGGUGGCAGCUUGGAAGUGCUGCUCGACCCAGCCUGCUCAGGCGUAUUCUAUUUCAGUGUGGUGCCCAUGGCAUAUUAGGGUGACAACUUGGAGGUGCUGUUCGACCCAGCCUACUGAGUCCAGGGACAGAUAAGGGGUCAGCUUGCGAGUGCAGAUUAACCCGGUCCACUCCUACGCACUCUGUUAAUGUGUAUGGGUGUCUGUUCAUCUGAUUCUGGGGUUGGAAGAACCCAGCCCUGGGGAACCUAGGUCCUGCAGGAUAGCUUCAUUGGGAGGGAACUUGCAGAAGUAGAGCUCUGUAUGAGAACACAAGUGACACAAGCAGUACAUUGAUAGAAUUACAGAACCUCCCCCCCAGAAGAGUAACCAUAAUAAAUGAGCGUACCCCAAAGUAACGGGCAAAUCUGGUAACAAAACAGUGCUUUCAGUGAGCUUUGAGGUGAAAAGGAGAGGGGAAAUGGGGCAAGUAAAGGGGUUAGAGGAGGAGAGACAAGUGGGGUCAAGGCUGUUUAUUUUUAUUUAUUAAAGAUGAGACUAAAGUGUACUUGUAUUAUAAGGUGAGUGAGAGAUUAAGGAGAAGAGUAAGGUAGCAGAUGGAAGGGGGCAUGAGGGAGUUUAGGAGAUGGGCUGGAGUCACUGGGGCAAGUAGAGAGGUUAGAGGAGGAGAGCAGAUGAGAAAUUUCUCUGUCUAUGACCUGGGAGAGGGAGACAAGAGUUGUAGGGGAUCAUACAUCGCAUCUUAUUUUGCCAGUUUUCUCUUGGAAGAAAUCAGCAAGAUCCUAUGCAGAGAGAGAAAUGGAGGCAGGAGUGAAGCAUGGAGAGAAUCAACAACCAUAUCGAUGGCAGGGAGGAACGGACUGAGAACGGACAAGAAGUUAGUGCUGAUGGACUGGAAGUCACAGAAAGUCAGAGUGAUGGUGUGUGAGGAAGGGGGGAGAUGGGUGGUGCAACAAGAGGCCACAUGGCUGGAGAGGGAGGAUCUCAGCAGCAGAGGGACUGGAGAGAGAGCAGUGCUUGGUGAAGAGCAUGUCAAGUGAACAACUUUUGGUGAGUGGGAGAACUGAACCGGGGCUGCUUGGUCUUCCCUGCUUGCAGAGCUGUCCCUAGGGUAUGGCUAAUCAGAGCGACUGCCCCAGGCCCCGCACUUUGUGAGGUGGAUGGGGAGGUGAUGCAGGAAGUGGGCGGGGGGGUGAGCGAGGAGAAGCCCCCCUACCAACCUCCCCCUCCGCCCAGCACCUUCUGCCCGCCGGCGGGCCCCACCGAUCAGCACCUCCUCCUCCCUCCCAGCACCUACCACUGAUCAGCUGUUUCGUCUGAAGGUGCUGGGUGGGAGGGGGGAGGAGCGAGGGCACUGUGCACUCUGGAGAGAGGGUGGAAAGGGGCGGGGGUGGAGCCUUGGGGAAAGGGAUGGAGUGGGGUUGGGGCCUGGGCGGAGAUGGGGGGAGCACCUCCUGGCAGAUAGAAACUCGGCGCCUAUGUCCUGGGUCCCACACCCUCUAGGGAUGCCCCUGCCUACUUGGUCUCCUCUUAGUUCUCAGCUUCUUCUGGGCUACCUGUAAGUCUCUCUGCUUUGGGAUAGAGCACUGAGUCCUCUCAGAGUCUCAGUUUCUCUGGACUACCUUCCAGCGUUCCCUGCUUUGGCAGAGAGCCUUGACUCCCAGGCUGCUUCAGUGAAGUCCCCUGCUUUUUCCAGACCCUACUUCAGGGCCUCCAUGUGGUUUCUCUACCAAACUCUGUUCUCUGCCUUUUUAUGAGUCCCAGAUGCUGAUCAGGCUGUCUCCUGACCUCAGUAGGUAUGUCUGUGACAGUGCACCCCAUAAGGCUUCAUGGAACUAUGCUUAUGAAUGUAUAUAUAUAUGACAUAACUGGAAUAUGUUUUAUGCUAAAUAUGCCAUGUAACAUAACUCUGUAAAGGUUAUGAUCUACUGAAUCUAUUCAUCCUAUUUGUAUGCAUGUGUCAUUGUUGUAUUCAAAGUUAGGAAUAUUGGCUGUGUACUUGCUUGAUUUCUAAGUAGUCUUAGUAAAGCAUUUGGUCAGCUUCUUGAGAAAGGAAUGUGCAAAUUAAGUGCCCAAUCAAGAAACACUUAAAGGACAAUGAAUCUUGGAAGGCUCCAAUCCACAUAAGAAGUCUACCUGAGGAUGUUCACGGUAGCAUGUAAACAAUGGCUGCUGCCUGUAAAAACUGAGUCACGCAUGGACAUGUGACUUGCCCAUGUGACUCCAAAACUCCAUCUUGGAGCUGGACUUUGCAUAGGAGAGAGGAGGGGGUCUCCACCCACAAGAGAAAGUCUAUUUAAACCCCUGGGAGACCCCUCCAUUUUGUCUUCAGCUGGCUAAAAAGAUAGCCUCUCCACCCCCAGGGAUACCUGAAAGAAACUGGAACAAAGGACAGUAACUAAGGAAACUUACUGGAACACCACUGAGGGUGAGAUUUUGUUUGUAUUCAGUUUUCUUACUGUAUUAGACUCAGACUUGCAUGUUUUAUUUUAUUUUACUUGGUAAUUCACUUUGUUCUUUUGAUCCCAAAGGACCAGCUACACUCCCAGGUCAAUAUAUAACUUAGAUCUUACCCAAAAAUUACGCUGAUGCCAGUCCUUUAGUAUUUAAAAUGUUAAAGUUUAUUUAUAAAAAGAAAGAAAGGUGAGUUAAAAUUGAUUAAAGGAAUUAAAUACAUACUGUAACUUGCAAAGUUUUUGGUUUAGGCUUGUAGCAGUGAUGGAAUAAACUGCUGCCUUGAUAAGUUUCUGGUUGCUUUCAAAUCAUUGGAAGGACCUCAGUCCCUUAGUUAGAAUGCUUCCAUUAGUAUAAGUUCAUAGUUUAGAGGUUUGAGCAGGAAAGAGGCAAAAUGGAGGUGUUUCCAGGACCUUUUAUAGCUUCUGCCAUGUGGAGGGAAACCCAUUGUUUUAAACAAAGCCCUUAGCACAGCUAGUGGAAAAUUACAGGUAAAAGAUGGGAGUUUUGAGUGACAUGGGCAAGUCACCUGUCAUGCCUGAUUUUGCUUAGUUAUAGCAGGAAGCCAUUACCUAUACUUCAGACAGUACAUUUGCAGGACAGUCCAUUCAGUGUAGAUUGGCAUCUCCCAUAGUCCAUUGUUAGUUAACUGUUUCUUGAUGAGCCAUUUAAUUUGAAUAGUCCCUCCAAGAUGUGCAAGCUAAAUACCGUGUGGGGCAUUACUCCAGGAGCAAACAUUUGAAAUUCAGGUAUAGAGCCAAUACUUAUAACUUCAAAUACAAAAAUGAUACAUGCAUGCAGAUAGCAUAAUCAUAACCUUUUCAUAGACAUCUUACAUGCCACAUUUUGAAUCAGAUUUGUUGCAAAUAAAUAACAGUGGCUGCACCAAUGAUCGAUAUGGUCAUAUUUUAAUCAGAUAACGUCUCAGCUUGGACAGGAUGUUUCCACUUGUACAGAGCCCUACUCCACCAUGGAGACUGAACUUAGGACCAGUCGCCAUAGCACUGGGAUCAUGGAGCCCACUCAGAUCAUCGCGGCAAUUAUGAACACCACGCGCAUUGUCCUGGAGUAUAUGCAGAGCCAGGACAUGCCAAAGCAAAACCAGGACCAGCCAAGGAGGUGAUUGCAACGCGGCGACGAGAGUGAUGAGGAAAUUGACAUGGACAUAAACCUCUCACAAAGUACGGGCCCCAGCAACGUGCAAAUCAUGGUGUUACUGGGGCAGGUUCAUGGCAUGGAAUGCCGAUUCUGGGCCCGGGAAACAAGCACAGACUGGUGGGACCGCAUCGUGUUGCAGGUGUGGGACGAUUCCCAGUGGCUGCGAAACUUUCGCAUGCGUAAGGGCACUUUCAUGGAACUUUGUGACUUGCUUUCUUUCCCCUGCCCUGAAGCGCCAGAAUACCAGGAUGAGAGCAGCCCUCACAGUUGAGAAGCAAGUGGCAAUAGCCCUGUGGAAGCUUGCAACGCCAGACAGCUACCGGUCAGUCGGGAAUCAAUUUGGAGUGGGCAAAUCUACUGUGGGGGCUGCUGUGAUUCAAGAUGCCAGGGCAAUCAAAGACCUGGUGAUAUCAAGGGUAAUGACUCUGGGAAACAUGCAGGUCAUAGUGGAUGGCUUUGCUGCAAUGGGAUUCCCAAACUGUGGUGGGACGAUAGAUGGAACCGAUAUCCCUAUCUUGGCACCGGAGCACCAAGCCACCGAGUACAUAAACCACAAGGGAUACUUUUCAAUGCUGCUGCAAGCCCUGGUGGAUCACAAGGGACGUUUCACUAACGUCAACGUGGGAUGGCCGGGAAAGGUACAUGAUGCUCGCGUCUUCAGGCACUCUGGUCUGUUUCAAAAGCUGGAGGAAGGGACUUUCUUCCUGGACCAGAAAAUAACCGUUGGGGAUGUUGAAACGCCUAUCGUUAUACUUGGGGACCCAGCCUACCCCUUAAUGCCAUGGCUCAUGAAGCCGUACACAGGCAGCCUGGACAGUAGUCAGGACCUGUUCAACUAUAGGCUGAGCAAGUGCCGAAUGGUGGUGGAAUGUGCAUUUGGACGUUUAAAAGCGCGCUGGCGCAGCUUAUUGACUCGGAUAGACCUCAGCGAAACCAAUAUCCCUAUUGUUAUUGCUGCUUGCUGUGCGCUCCACAAUAUCUAUGAGAGUAAGGGGGAGACAUUUAUGGUGGGGUGGGAGGUUGAGGCAACUCGUCUGGCCGCUGAUUACGCGCAGCCAGACACCAGGGCGGUUAGAAGAGUACAGCAGGGCGCGGUGUGCAUCAGAGAAGCUUUGAAAACCAGUUUUGUGACUGGCCAGGCUACGAUGUGAAACUUCUGUUUGUUUCUCCUUGAUGAACCCUCUCCCCUCCCCCCCCCCGCCGGUUCACUCUACUUCCCUGUAAACCAACCACCCUCCCCUCCCCUCCCCCCUUUGAGCACUGCUUGCAGAGGCAAUAAAGUCAUUGUUAUUUCUCAUUCAUGCAUUCUUUAUUAAUUCCUCACACAACUAGGGGGAUAAUUGCCAAGGUAGCCCGGGAUGGGUGGGGGAGGAGGGAAGGAAAAGGACACACUGCAGUUUAAAAUUUUAAAACUUUAACACUUAUUGAAGGCCAGCCUUCCAAUGCUCGGGCAAUCAUCUGGGGUGGAGUGACUGGGUGGCCAGAGGCCCCCCACACCAUGUUCUUGGGCAUCUGGGUGAGGAGGCAAUGAGACUUGGGGAGGAGGGCUGUUGGUUACACAGGGGUUGUAGCGGUGGUCUCUGCUCCUGCUGCCUUUCCUGCAGCUCAACCAUAUGCUGGAGCAUAUCAGUUUGAUGCUCCAGCAGCCAGAGCAUCGACUCUUGCCUUCUGUCUGCAA